GGUGCCCGGAACUCAGGGAGGGGACCCCACCUCCUACUUCCUGGGGCCCCGGCCACACCCUGCCCUGGGGUGCGCUGGGCAGGCCACUUCCUUCUCCCGCUGGGGCUGCAACCCCAGAAUCUGCUGGAUAGGGGCGAGGACAAGAGGGCGCAGGAUGGGUAAAUUCUGGACGACCCCCGGUCAACUCUCUCUUCUCGCAGCUCUGGUCCCAAGGCUGGUGCAGGCCCAACCCCUGGCCCAGCGGAAGUCGUGGCUGGUGGGACUGGGGGCUGCACUGGCCUUCCUCUUCCUCAUCUUUGUCCUCACCUUGGUCUAUGCCGUCUGGUGCCGGGAGUCCCAUGACAGCAGUGAAGAGAAGGAAGAGGAGACUGUGAGAAAGGAGAAGGGAGAGGACGACUGGGGGCUGGAACUGGAGGAGACAGAGGGGCCUCCGACCCAUGAAGCAAUGGCAAGUUCCUCCACAUGAAGUCUUCCCACUCAUCUCCUCCAGGCAGUCCUCCAGGGAUGCCCCAAUGCCUUCUCCCCACCCUAUCAGCAAAGGACCUGGUCCUGGGGCCAGUAAGAUGACUCUCUCGGAUUCAGAGGUCUCAGAACCCACCCCAAAUCCCUCUCAGAGGGCUCUCUGUGUGUUACCUGGUGGUCCCGUAUCCCUUCUCAAGCUUGGUCUCCACCUGAUGAUUCUUCUUGAGCUUGGAGGGCGCCCCUGGAGAAGGAGCCGCCCACAUCUCCCCAAGAACCCCCCACCCCCCACUGUCUCCUGUCUC